UGAUUACGAAAUGUUAUUGGCUCUUGAUGAAAACAAUCAUACACAUCUUGGUGCAUCAAUUGCUCAUAUAGCGAACCUCCCGGAGUCCACGGUACAUAAUGAUAAUUGUGAAGUUUGUUCAAUUUGUCUUGAAACUCCAGCUAUUGGAGACACCAUGCGACAUCUCCCUUUCUUGCAAAAAUUUCACAAAGAUUGUAUCGAUCCAUGGCUGAGAAGAAGAAGAUCAUGUCCAGUUUGUAAGUCAGAUAUUUGAAUAUUUUUCUAUUGGCUCGAUCCAUCUUUUUCCAUCAUGAACCUGCUUGCGUUCUCAUCGUGACCAUGAAGGUAAAGUGAAAAUCUAGUGCCAUUAACAUGUUGUAAUUGGAGAAGUUUCCUUUUGUCUUUCCUAGUUCUGUUAAUUCCUAGCAUUUAAGGAGAUUUUUUUUUCUUUUUUUUCUUUCUUUUCUGUUGUGAUGUGUUUUGCAAAAUUUAGUACUUAAGUGGUCUUUUGGUUGACAUAUUCAUACACAAGAAGUUGAGGAAAUUCAACUUCCCGAGUUCGUAGUAAAUAGCAAUAUAUGCAGUUGUUUGAUUGGCAAAUGGCAAUAGCACAGGAAGUGCAAAAUUUUGCAUAUUUUAACUUCCCUCUGAUAAAGGAGGUUGCUUACCUAGCCGACGCCACCCCUUCAGGUAAGAGAACCUCCCCAUGUGGAAUAAAACUUCCUUUAUUCAACCAAAUCGAUUUCGGCACUUCCUUGGAAAGUUGGAAUGAAAUUCAGGAAGUGAUAUAUACUUACACCAAAUGACUACUUAAAUUCCUAAAACAAGUUGUUCUUGUAAAUGAGAUUUGGUAUAUAAACACCAAAUCAUGCCAAC